AUGGAAGAGUUCUACUCUAACUCCCCCAACUGUGAUUGGUAUAAGCUGAUUUGGCCUAAAAAAUACAUUACUAAACAUGCUGUUUAUAUGUGGCUUGCGGUUAAAGGUGGUCUGAAAACUGCUGAUGCUCUGAAAGCUAGGAAUAUUGUUGUGCCGGAUUUGUGCAGUCUCUGCCUUUUGCACAAAGAAUCUGUGAAUCACCUGUUCUUUGAAUGCCAUUACACAUUUGAUAUUAUCUCUAAGCUUAUUCCUGGUCUCAAUAGCUUUCUUUUAAGGCCAAAUCUUAUGCAGUUUUUGGAUUGGAUGCAUUUGGAAUUUAAAGGCAAAGCUGAUUUUAAAAAUUUUUACAAAGUUGUGAUGUCUUGUGCAAUGUAUCAUAUCUGGAAAGAAAGGAAUUCUCGUAGAUUUGGUAAUUCUUCUCUUUGUCAUAUCUCUCUGCUGUUUAUGAUUAAGAGGAACAUUUUUGACAAAGUUAUGAGCUGGAAAAAUUCAUGGAAAUUACUGGAAAAUUUGUAA